AUGGACGACGUGGAGCCUUUCACACUUGACGAGGAGACAACUUUUCGCUAUUUGCUUCUGGAGUUGCCGUCAAAAGCGUUUGAAUCGGCGGGUCUUGCGACGCCGAGCACACCGAGUAACGAGUCGGCGAAGCUGUCGGAGUCUCCACUAGCACCGUCGCCAGAGGUUUGUCUUACGCCAGCUCCUGAAGCUUCCUCCUCAAGCGUCUCAUAUAGUUCGUUGAAAGGGGGCAGCUGGUUGCUGUCCGACAACCUGGACCUUGUAGCGGGAAAGAGUCAGUCUCCGAGUGUCGCGCACGUGAAAGGGCCUUGGACACCGGCUGAGGAUGCACUUCUUCUGAGUUUGGUUGCACAGUUCGGCAUUCAGGCUUGGACUGCUGUUGCCGCGUGUAUGCCUGGGCGUAGCGGCAAGCAGUGCAGGGAGCGUUGGCUCAACCAGUUGGAUCCGUCCGUGCGUCGAGGUGCAUGGACGUUCGAGGAGGACGAGGCUCUUGUGCUGCUGCAUGCGCGUUUUGGGAAUUGCUGGGCGAAAAUGAGCAAAUAUCUUCCCGGUCGCACGGAUAAUGCGAUCAAGAAUAGGUGGAACAGUUCUAUGCAUCGCCGCUGGCGAGCCGAACGGUCUGCGACCUUGGCCGCUGGACGCCCGUGGAAUGCGGAGACUGCAGCGCGCUUGAAUCUUCCCCGCACCAGCGGAGACCAUGCAUCACAGGUUCCACGUUCACUCUCGCUUGAGCGUCUCUCUGCUUCGACUGCGACAGAGCUGCAUGAAAUUGUGUCCGGACCGAGAAAACGUAUCCAGCGGAACAGUGAACCUAUUCCAGUCGGCAACGGUAAGACAUGCUUCUGCAAGACGAAUGAGGAGUACGCGAACACCACGCAGAGCUCCUCCCAGACCAUCCAUAGCCUCUGUUUAGACCCGAGUCGUCAGCUAUCGUGUAGUGAGGCGCCCCAGUUCCCGGAGACGUACUCUAGCGUUCAGGUUUCCUCAUCGCUGGAGACAAAAAUUGGCGAAAUGCUUCCGAGCUCGUAUUCACCUGUGAACAGGUGCAUGCUGACCGUGGCGCACUCCCCGUUGAGCCGCUGCUCGAGUUCCGGAUCACUGACGAGUCUGAAGGAUGGCGUAGGCAAGCUUCGAGUUCGCGAGCAGCUGCGAGCUCGGUGUGCGUCCUCUCGUCGUCGCACGCUUAGCGCGUCUGGCUCGGACCGCUACAGACAGCGCCCAGCAGAGAAGACAAAGACGUGUCCGUUUAUGAGAAUGUCCGAGGAAGAUAUCGCGAAGGAAAUAUGCACGGACAUGGGCAGAGCGCACAACUUUGCCGCUCAGGAAACGCCUUGCUGCGAUGAGGUCUUUCUGAAACUCACCACAUGUUCGGCAGAUGCCUCUGAACUUGUAUCUCCGUUGGAGUUCGCCCCAAACGAGGGCCUUGAACUAGCGAACCAUACCGAGAUUGCCGAUGUCGCAAGUGCCCUCGGAACAUUCGAUUGGAACCUAUCUCCCGCGGCCGAGAAAGGCGAUAUUCCCAAAGAUAAGGAAAUUCUAGAUCUGGAUGGCUGGCUCCUGAGUGGCGUCUAA